AUGGAUGGCGGCGACGGUCAUCAGAAGAAGUAUGACACUUCCUAUAUGUCAGGUCGGGUAGUUCGCGAGACACCUGGUGCAUCCUCCGACCGAUUCCGACAACCGCAACAAUCGGGCCCUCUCAGAAGAGCUACACUGGAUAGUACUCCUCAAGAUGGGGCCACCCCUCUUCCCCCUUACGGCGGGUUUGAAUACUCUGAAUCAACACCAUACAAUACUUCACAAUUACAAGGUGGCUCGAUGCAGUAUCAGCAAGGCUUUCACAACUCACGAAAUCCCCCACAACCAGCGCAACAAUCUACACCACAGGAGCAGCAGCAGCGACUGCAACAAUAUGACCACAAUAUUGUCUAUAACAUUAACCCCCAUGACCAGACGCCGUCUUCGUACUACCAGCCACGGCAGUCCGCGGCCAUCGAGGUUUUGGCAACCCAGUUUGGAGUUCCACAAUAUUUCCCUCCUGAUGAAUCUUCAGGAGGCGCAGGCCCUUCAGCACAAUAUCUAAGUCCUCAAGACCAGUCGCCUGGGUUUCCUCAACUUCCUCCGGUAAGCCGGGCUGGUGUGGCAGCAUCAUUUGCUGAGAGCAUGCCUGGCUUCAAUUCUACUUCAGGACAAGAUCCUCAAGAACGACAAGAAGCUACUCAGAAAAGACCCUCGGGACUCGACGAAGCAUACAACCGUUACCAGCAAACUUUAAAGCAAGUAUUUUACGAUAUUAAAGCCGGUCGUCUUGCAAAUGCCAGUGAAUCUAUGCUUGAGAUGUCAGAAUGGUUACUUGGAAAUGCAGUGGAACUAGGGCUUGUUCGCGAUCAAGAAGACCUUCAUGCUGAUCGAAUUGACAUGUGGAAUAACUUUAAUACGUGCUGGCUUGCUAUUUGUCAAAAGCAGAAAGAUACAACCCUGGAGAUGUUCGAUACAGGAGUUCGUCCCGCUGAGCUUCUUAGCGAAGCCGCUCUGCAAAAGCUAGGGAGAGAAUUGGUCCGACUCUGUGACAAAAUGGAGCAAUAUGGCUUAGUUGACUACCAAAUGGGGGUCUGGGAAGAAGAGAUAUUAUGUGGUGAGUGAAUAUGACUUCCAGUCAUUCGUUCAUUCUAAUUUGAUUUCGUGAAUAAUAUAGUGCUGGGGCAGUGUCUCGAUCUCCUUGAGGGACAUGAAGAAACCAGUGCAUCAAACAACAGGAACAAACUUCCAACGGCUGAUCAUUAACUCAAUCGCCCUUUUGGCCCGCAUCGAUCAUUGCCCCGCCGCGAUUGGACCACGUAACAUGAGGGAUGGAGCAAUGUGAUUUGAAGCUUGCAGGUCAACACAAGUUGUUUCACCAAGCUUUGUUAGUUAACGCAGGCCGGAGUCAUCCCGACUUGACUCUUCCCGCCCAGAUUAUGCAACCUGCAUGAAAUUCAUACCCUUCAUUCUUCCCCUGGCCAAAACUUCAAUCCUCAAUAUAUCUUCAGCAGUUGACAUUGGGCCGAAAAAAAAAAAAAAAGGAGAAGCUCCAG